AUGGCGUGCAUAUACCACGCAUCCAGGGCGAAUCGGUCACCGUCCUCUCCGUCAGCAGCUAUGGCGGAAGAGAGCCGGAAUGGAGAUGGCCUCCACGGGUUGCCGGAAGAUUGGGCAAAGUUGUUCAGACGGAUUUCGGUUCUCUUUCCGAAUCUCGAGAAAGUCGAGAUAGGACACAAAGUCCUUGUCGCCGAUAAGGUUGUGAAAAGCUUCUCUCGUCGGCACCUAGCUCUACGGACCCUUGAGCGGCGUCAGCUCGAGCGUUCAAUUCUGGCCUUCCACCUCCACGAAGAGCCUUCUCGAGUUUGA